ACCCAAUUCUACUACUUUCUACCCGUUUUCUCCUCCAAUAAAGAUCUACAGGGCCCCAAAAUGUCUCUCCACAAGUUAAAUUCCGUUGCUGAAUCCAUCUCCUUAAGUCCCUUCACUCACUUACUCACAGAGACCGUAUAUAGCUUAGCGUCAAAUCAAAUCAAAAUCACCCCUUCAUUCCGUUCCCCCCUCUUCUUUCAAACUCCCCCAUCUAGCUUCAUAUUCAAGCUGUCUUUUCCCCCUUUAUCUUUAUUUUAAUUUUAAUUUCCACAAUAAUAAUUAUUAUUUCAACUAAAUAAAUUCUAGAAUUUUUGUCAUCACAAUAAAAAGAUAAAAAAAAGUCCAAACUGUUCUCUCUCCCUGAACCCUCUCUCUAUCUCUCUCUAGAAUCUCCGCGUCUAGGGUUUUUGUUACUCUAGGGUUUAAUCACUAUCAGUGUUCUUCUUCUUCGCCAUGGCCGCUGAGAAGCUCAGAGAUUUGAGCCAACCUAUUGAUGUGCCCUUACUCGAUGCUACCGUCGCCGCCUUCUAUGGCACCGGAUCUAAGCUAGAGAGGAGUGCUGCUGAUUCAAUUUUGCGGGAUUUGCAAGAGAAUCCUGAUAUGUGGCUUCAAGUUAUGCAUAUCUUGCAGAAUACUCAAAAUCUCAAUACCAAGUUCUUUGCAUUGCAGGUUCUUGAAGGUGUGAUUAAAUAUAGAUGGAAUGCAUUACCUGCUGAGCAGCGAGACGGGAUGAAGAAUUUCAUCUCUGAUAUCAUUGUACAGCUUUCCAGCAAUGAGGCCUCAUUUCGGGCGGAAAGGUUGUAUGUCAGCAAACUCAACAUUAUAUUAGUUCAGAUUUUGAAGCACGAGUGGCCAGCAAGAUGGCGAAGCUUUAUUCCUGAUCUUGUCUCAGCAGCUAAAACUAGUGAAACAAUCUGUGAGAAUUGCAUGGCUAUAUUGAAACUUUUGAGUGAAGAGGUUUUUGAUUUUUCGAGAGGAGAAAUGACACAGCAGAAGAUUAAAGAGCUUAAACAGUCAUUAAACAGUGAAUUUCAACUCAUACACGAGUUAUGCUUAUAUGUGCUAUCAGCAUCUCAAAGGGCUGAGCUCAUACGUGCUACAUUGUCCACAUUGCAUGCCUUCUUAUCAUGGAUUCCCUUGGGUUAUAUAUUUGAAUCACCGUUGCUUGAGACACUCCUAAAGUUUUUCCCGGUUCCAGCAUAUCGGAACCUAACAUUGCAAUGUUUAUCUGAGGUAGCAUCCCUUCAAUUUGGGGAUUAUUAUGAUGUGCAGUAUGUCAAGAUGUAUGGUAUAUUCAUAGGUCAAUUGCAGAGCAUACUCCCGCCUACAACAAAUAUACCCGAGGCAUAUGCACAUGGCUCUACUGAAGAACAAGAUUUUAUACAGAACCUGGCACUGUUCUUCACUUCAUUUUAUAAGGUUCAUAUCCGCAUCCUGGAAUCCACUCAAGAGAAUAUAUCAGCUUUGCUGUUGGGCCUUGAAUAUCUUAUCAGCAUUUCAUAUGUUGACGAUACCGAGGUUUUUAAGGUGUGUUUGGACUACUGGAAUUCCUUGGUGUCGGAGCUGUUUGAGCCACACCGAAGUUUGGAUAAUCCUGCAGCUUCUGCAAACUUAAUGGGACUUCAGGUAGCAGGAAUGCUUCCUGGUAUGGUUGAUGGGCACGGUUCUCCGCUUCUUCAACGCCGACAGCUUUAUUCUGGUUCCAUGUCAAAGUUGAGGAUGCUAAUGAUCUGCCGAAUGGCUAAACCUGAAGAGGUUCUCAUAGUUGAAGAUGAAAAUGGGAAUAUUGUCCGUGAGACCAUGAAGGACAAUGAUGUUCUUGUUCAAUAUAAGAUUAUGAGGGAGACUCUUAUUUACUUGUCACAUCUUGACCAUGAAGAUACUGAAAAACAGAUGCUGAGGAAAUUAAGUAAACAGCUCAGUGGUGAGGAUUGGACAUGGAACAAUUUGAACACACUCUGCUGGGCAAUUGGAUCUAUAUCUGGUUCCAUGAUUGAAGAACAGGAAAACCGAUUUUUGGUUAUGGUAAUUCGUGAUUUAUUAAAUCUAUGUGAAAUCACGAAGGGAAAAGAUAACAAAGCAGUUAUUGCAAGUAAUAUCAUGUACGUUGUUGGCCAGUAUCCACGUUUUUUAAGAGCUCAUUGGAAGUUUCUUAAAACUGUUGUUAACAAGUUGUUUGAGUUUAUGCAUGAGACACAUCCUGGAGUUCAGGAUAUGGCCUGCGACACUUUUUUGAAAAUAGUUCAGAAGUGCAAGCGGAAGUUUGUGAUCACCCAGGUUGGCGAAAAUGAGCCAUUUGUAUCGGAACUUCUAUCAGGCCUUCCAAUCACUAUUGCAGAUCUUGAACCCCAUCAGAUACACUCCUUCUACGAAUCUGUUGCUCAUAUGGUUCAAGCAGAGUCUGAUUCACAAAAGAGAGAUGAAUAUAUUCAGCGGUUGAUGGGGCUCCCUAAUCAGAAAUGGAUGGAAAUUAUUGGUCAGGCGCAUCAAAAUGUUGAAUUUUUGAAGGAUCAGGAUGUAAUACGGACUGUACUUAAUAUACUGCAGACAAAUACAAGUGUUGCAUCUUCUUUAGGGACAUUUUUCCUUCCCCAAAUCACAUUGAUCUUUUUGGACAUGUUGAAUGUGUACAGAAUGUACAGUGAGCUUAUUUCGAAAAGUAUUUCAGAAGGGGGACCUUAUGCAUCUAAAACAUCCUAUGUGAAGCUUCUACGUUCGGUUAAGAGAGAGACACUUAAACUAAUUGAGACAUUCUUGGAUAAGGCUGAAGAUCAACCCCAGAUUGGAAAGCAAUUUGUGCCACCAAUGAUGGAUCCUGUUCUGGGAGAUUAUGCUAGGAAUGUUCCUGAUGCAAGGGAAUCAGAGGUUUUGUCCCUUUUUGCCACAAUAGUAAACAAAUAUAAGGCUACCAUGAUUGAAGAUGUACCUCGAAUAUUUGAAGCUGUCUUUCAGUGCACACUAGAGAUGAUUACAAAAAAUUUCGAGGAUCACCCAGAGCACCGGCUUAAGUUCUUCUCUCUACUCCGUGCUAUAGCUACCCACUGUUUUCCUGCACUAAUCUGCUUGUCAAGUCAGCAAUUGAAGCUCGUUAUGGAUUCAAUCAUGUGGGCAUUUCGGCAUACAGAAAGGAAUAUUGCUGAAACUGGUCUAAACCUGUUGCUGGAGAUGCUGAAGAAGUUUCAGGGCUCAGAGUUCUGUAAUCAGUUCUACCGGACAUAUUUCUUGACAACUGAGAAUGAGAUAUUUGCUGUCUUAACUGAUACUUUUCAUAAGCCUGGGUUCAAAUUACAUGUCUUGGUGCUUCAGCAUUUGUUUUGUCUGGUGGAAACUGGUCUGCUAACCGAGCCCCUCUGGGAUGUUACUACUACUUCAUAUUCAUACUCAAAUAAUGCAGCUUUUGUACGCGAGUACACUAUAAAGCUUCUAAGUGCUUCUUUUCCUAAUAUGACAACAGCUGAGGUUACCCAAUUUGUUAAUGGGCUCUUCAAGUCUACAACUGAUCUCUCUACAUUUAAAACUCAUAUACGAGAUUUUCUUAUACAGUCAAAAGAAUUUUCAGCUCAGGAUAACAAAGACCUCUAUGCCGAGGAGGCUGCAGCACAGAGAGAGAGGGAACGACAAAGAAUGCUUUCUAUUCCGGGGCUGAUUGCGCCAAGCGAGUUGCAAGACGAAAUGGUGGACUCAUAGGUUGAUUUAGUUGCAAGACGAAAUGGUGGACUCAUAGGUAGAUUAAACAGCGUGGAAGUUAGUAUUAAUACCAUGGGCAUUUUAGUGUAUUUCACAGGCUCCGUGAUUCAAUCAAUUAACAUUGACUCUGAGAAUAGGUGCAACUUUUUUCUCCAAGUUUAGCUUUUACUCUCUUCCCAAUAUUUUAUGUUGGGACUGGUUUGGCAGGUUUUUCAAAGUUUUACCUAGCCGGCAAUAUUGCCUUGUCCAUGGGGUGAGUGUAGAUUAUUGAUUUACUAAUCGAGAAUGAUAAUGUUGGGUCAUUUGUAAGGAAUUCAUGAAGGCAUCUUUGUUGAACGAAAGAUGGAAGUCUCGUUUGAAGUGAUGAUGACUAUUUAGGGGCGACCACCUAACUUCUGGCGGUUUGUGCAGAAAACCCUUGUGGUUUUAUAUUUUGUAUUUUUCCCUUCAAUUAAUACUUAGGGAUAUUGAUGUACUGAGUGCACUUAAUAUUUAGUGUUAUGUGCCAUUCGUCCCAACAGAGAGAAGAUAUUAUUUUACA